AAUCCACACUUUCUCAUCAAUACCACUAUAUAUAAACCCACACCCCUAAAAAAGGAUAAAAAGCAAUACUUCGUGAAGAUGAAAAUCUACAAAAAAAUAGCCAGUCUUACGAGAUUCUAGAUGCAAUGGAUUCCCCAGUGAAUUGGGAAGCACUGGAUGCCCUCGUCAUCGACUUCGCCAAGUCCGAGCGAUUAAUCGAUCACUCCUCGCCUCCCUCUUCUCCUCCCCCCUCCUCCUCAUACAGGUGGCGCCUCCUGAUUUGCCAGAUCAGGCGCUUCCUCGAGUCCGGCGACAUUGACUCCGCCACCGACCUCCUCCGGACCUACGCUCCCGCUGUACUCGAAGAUCAUCGCCUUCUCUUUCGUUUACAGAAGCAGAAAUUCAUCGAGCUUUUAAGGAGAGGAACUAACGAGGAUCGGGAUUCUGCCAUCAAGUGUGUCCGCACAUCUCUUGCGCCGUGUGCAUUAGAUGCCUAUCCGGAAGCGUAUGAGGAAUUUAAGCAUGUUCUUCUUGCCUUCAUUUAUGACAAAGAUGAUCAGACGUCACCAGUGGUAAAUGAGUGGUCCGAAAGAAGAAGGUUUGAGAUUGCAGGGUUGCUAUCUUCUGUUUUACGUGCCCAUUUACAUGCAUAUGAUCCUAUCUUUUCGAUGACUUUGAGAUAUUUAAUAAGCAUCCACAAGGGAUUUUGCCUUCGUCAAGGAGUUUCUUCGCCCAUAACUGAUCUUACUGAGAGGUUGCUUCUUGAGGAGCGUGACCCUCCUGCAACACCGCAAGAAAGUUUGUUUGAGGCACCUCCAUUUGACGAGGUUGACAUACAAGCCCUUGCUCAUGCAGUGGAGCUCACUAGACAGGGUGCAGUAGAUAGCUUGAGGUUUGCCAAGGGUGAUUUACACCAGGCAUUUCAGAAUGAAUUGUGCCGGAUGAGAUUAGAUAUUUCUGUGCUUGAUGAACUUGUUCACGAGUAUUGCGUUUAUAGGGGUAUCGUGGACUCUGGUUCUAUAAAUUCUAGUGAAGCAACAGGAUCCCAAGUUACAGCUGAAGUGGCAAUUGUUGAUCAGUCGGAUCCAGGCAGUACCUUGUCUGAAAAUUGUUCGAUUGGUUCUGACAGUGAUAUGUCAGUAAGCAGUGCUCACACGGAAGGUUCUCAAAGUAAAAUGGAUCUGGUGAGCACACAAAAUGCUGAUAUGGAGGUGCGCUAUCCCUGUGAUACAACUAAUCUUAACAAGGACUGUAGCACCAGCAGAACACGUCGACCUGAAGACAGGAAAGUUAUUCAAAGAAACAGAAGUCCUGGGCCUGGAGAGAGGGGCAAGCGCAAACGGUGGAGGGGGAGAAAUGAGAAUAUAGAAAUUGUUUCUGAAGCUCUAACAGGGAGCUGCAAACAUGAUGAUUUUAAGAAGUCGUCUAUGAUGCACAAUGCAAACAAUAGAGUGGACAAGUAUGAUAUUGUACUGGGCAUGAAGGAAUUAGCAAGCAAGGGAAUGGCCAGUGAGGUAGUUGAAGAAAUAAAUGCUCUGGAUCCAGAUUUUUUCACUGAAAACCCAAUAUUGCUCUUCCAACUGAAGCAGGUUGAAUUCUUUAAGCUUGUCCAAGCUAGUGAUCACUCUGGUGCAUUGAAGGUUGCCUCAUCUCAUUUGGGUCCUUUGGCAGCUAAAGAUUCAGCUUUGCUUAAGCCCUUGAAAGAGACAUUGUUGGCUUUGCUCAGAUCAACUGAAGAACCAAUUGGCAGACACUUAUCCUUGGACGCCCUUGCAACUUCACUCCAGGUUGCUGUUGGUAGGAGGUUAGGCAUUGAAGAACCCCAGCUUAUGAAAAUUAUUAGGGCCACCCUCCACAGUCAUAGUGAAUGGUUCAAGCUUCAAAUGUGUAAAGACCAGUUUGAAGGUCUUUUGUGGAUCAAUUCCCUGAAAGAGCUUGGUAGUCAUUUGCUAGGAGAUGCUGCUUCCAAGUCCACUGUUGAUUCUUGCACUCAGGGAUCUUCACAAGUUACGAUAUGCUCCAGCAAUAUGAGGAUGCAAGAAGAUGGCAGCAGUCCUAAUCAAAUCUCGUCCACUGAUAUUGGAUGUGAUGAAAAUUCGAUACUCAAAGUUAUGGAAUUUCUUGCUCUACCCAGAGCAGAUGCCAUCCAUCUCCUUGCCCAGUAUAAUGGAAAUGCUGAAACUGUGAUUCAGCAGAUAUUUGCGUAGGUCACAGUGUUUGUACAUGUAUGGUCCAGUCCUAAUUAUUUAAUUGGUCUGGUUAUUUAUUUUAUUACAGACUUCACUUUUCUGUAUUUAUGCCUAUUAGAUGAAUAGGGAUACCCCCAGGGUUGUGAACACAGAAAAUGAUACCUGUCCGUGGGGGGAGAAUACCGUGUUUAUUAUUCUUUUAAGGCUCUGCUGAAUAAGACUGCAAAAGUAAUUAUUCCUUGUUCUCCUCCAGACUUUUAAGACCUGUCCAUUAAGCAUAAACAUGUUUUGUA